AUGGGAGGUCAUUGUGUGGAACCUGGUCUCUGGACACAUCCAGUGUCACUUUGCCAGCCACCUGACUGCUGCCAUUCCCAAGGUCAGAUCACACUAUCAAACCUGAGUGGUUCGCCUGCACGCCAUAGAGUGUAGCUAAAGCCUACACUCUCAGAAGAAAACGUACUGAAUUGUACUUAAAGGGGUACAAACGCUGUAGGGUACAUCCAUUGUACCAUUAGUUAUAGGUAGCUAAUUGUACCCUUGCAGUUCGUACCUUAGAUGAACCAAUAGUGUACCUUAGGGGACAAGGUACAAAAGUGUACCUUUAGAAAAGGUGCAAAUUAGCCUUUUUAGAGUACCACCACAGUGACGAAGCCAUUUGUUAUUUUUAAGUGGCAAAAAUGUACCUCUUCUCUAUACCAAGUCCCUCACGUGUACACGAUGCUCCGAUUGCCACAAAGUAGCAAAUUCAGCAGGUAUCCUCGACUGGGAUUCAAACCCAGGUCCAACGACUGUCAAGCCAUCAACUCAACCAUUACGCCACCAGGCCCGAACCACUUGAUGAUGUAGCAAGGUGUUGGUUUAAGGUCAUAACAUCUCUUAUUGUCACAUACUCUUAUGUUAGCCAUUAUAAAGACUUUAGAAUUUUUUAAAAACAUAACCACAGACCACAUAAUCUGGUACAACACUUCCACUCAUGGGUGGCCAAAAAGAGCUAACUGAAAGCCAGCCCCCACUAAGCCACGCCUCAAAAGAGAUGGCACAUGAGGAUUCAUCAUUGUUCCUUAUGUGUGUACAAAUAAGUACCUUUCUUCAAUACAUUGUCAAUUUGUAACUUUUCUACUAAGCAAAGGUACAGAUCAGCACCAAUCAUUAGUGUACCCUUGACCAUACCCUUUUUUUUUUUAGUGUAGAACAAUCCUCAGGGUAAAUCAUUUUUUCAAAACGUAAUGAGGAAUGUGCAGUAUAAAGGGACUAAGUAUAAAGGGAAUAGGAAAUAAAAUACGAAGUGUGGGAUGUUUGUGCCCUAAAAGGGAUGGAUACCAGUGCUCCCAGCAUCAUCUUCUUGAGGAGCCAAGCAUUACAUGCUGAGUUCUCCUCCGCUUCAUGCCUCCUGUCCUCAGGACCCUCAGGUCAGUGUCAGGAAUCAUGGGUUCGAUUCCUACAGGUACCACCCAUAUGAAAAUGUAUGCACACAUUACUGUAAGUCACUUUGGAUAAAAGCAUCUUCUAAAUGUUAUAUAUUAUAUAUUAUAGGAAAUAAAAUGUAUAAUAAUAUAUUGUGCAGUGCAAUUCACAGAGGAAUAUGUUCUAAUUAUGUAAAAUUUUAUGUCUUCAAACAAAGGUUACAUUCAUUUCUCGAACGUGCUCAACGGCGGGAAAUUCAUGGCCAACUUCAAGGCAGUAUGUGUUACCAUGGCAACUGUCCAUGUGCUCGUUUUUAUGUUUAUACUUUGGGCUUUUUCUAGAAAUCAUGAAGCAUGA